CCAACACCAGCCUACCACAACCCUACCGAUAUCCCGGCUAUCAAAAAGGCCCAAAAACACGCCAGCGGCACGCGCACAAAACAACUCAUCCGCGCCGCAGAAAGAGACUACAAUGAUCCACCGGUUCCGGGCGAAUGCUGCGGGAGUUCGUGUGAUCCGUGCGUGAUGGAUUUGUGGAGGGAGGAGAUGGGGGUCUGGAGGGAGAGGUGGGGUGGGAAUGUUAUUGAGAAG